AUGCACCCUUGGGUAGCCAUCCUGGGCUUCCUACUCCUUCUGAUAGAUGGUGUAACAUCUUACCUACAUGUGAUUGGAGUGGAGGGUCAGUCUGUCAGGCUACCCUGCUCCUAUGAAGGAAAAGUCACAUCCACGUGCUGGGGCCGAGGGGAAUGUUCUUGGUUAGACUGCAAAAAUACCAUUAUCAGUACUGAGGAAUACAAAGUCACUGAAAGGAAGAACGAACGUUAUAAGCUCAAGGGAAAUAUCGGUAGAAGGGAUGUUUCUUUGACCAUAGAGAAUGCAGUCCCUUCUGACAGUGGCUUGUAUUGUUGCCGUAUUAAGAAAUGGUUUUUCAAUGAUGAAAAAAACAUCAUAAAGUUGACUGUAAAGCCAGCUCCACCUACGACAGCAGUGAACCCCAGUAUUACUACGGAAAGCACAAGGACCAGUGCUACCGAGACUCCAAGAACAGCCAACACCGCUGCUCCAACAGGGAACACCACUGUUCCAGAAAGGGACAGCACUACUAUAGUAGUCACGAAUCCUCAUAUGACAACGGGAGCCUCAACCUCUGCCCUUCCAAUGCCCACUCCCACAAAGGACCCCGAGCCAGCUCCACCUACGACAGCAGUGAACCCCAGUAUUACUACGGAAAGCACAAGGACCAGUGCUACCGAGACUCCAAGAACAGCCAACACCGCUGCUCCAACAGGGAACACCACUGUUCCAGAAAGGGACAGCACUACUAUAGUAGUCACGAAUCCUCAUAUGACAACAGGGGCCUCAACCUCUGCCCUUCCAAUGCCCACUCCCACAAAGGACCCCAAGCCAGGUUCUUCAUCUUCCACCACGCAGACUGCAGGAACCCAGUCUACCUGCACACGUAAAACAAGUGUAACGCACCCACCAAGACACUCUUACACAACAGCAGGUGGGAAUGCCACUGUGAUAAAUUUUCCAAGUGCUGUUUGUUGUAACAUUCAAACUGGAAUCUACAUUGGAAUCUCUGUUAUUGUCUUGGUAUUAUUGCUCAUGGUUUUGGUAUUCAUGAUUAGCAAAAAAUCUCUUUGCCUGGGUAACAGGAUGAGGCUACUACGUAUGAUUCCAUUGAAAGAUUCUCAGAUUGGAGCUUUGAAAAAUGCAACCAUGAAGCCUGUCCGAGCAGAAGACAAUAUCUACGUUAUGGAUGAAACUCUCUAA